AUGAAGGUUACUGUUAUUUCUGGAUCCAAAUCUGAGGUUGUGGAGCUCCCCGUCAAUCCCACACUUGAUGAUCUUAAGAAGAACUACAAACCAAAGUUAAGUGUCCACCGCAAGACCUUCAAACUACAAAGCAGUGCAAAGGAUGAAAACGGUAAACCCGUUCUCAUCACACUGGAGGGAAAGAAAUCAUUAAGUCAACAGGGUGUAAAGGAAGGCACAGAGUUGGUAUUUAAGGAUCUUGGACCACAAGUGGGUUAUCGUACCGUCUUUGUGGUGGAGUACGCUGGACCAUUGGCCAUUAUGUUCUUCUACGCUAUGCGUCCAUCCUUUAUUUACGGCAGCAAUCUCCCACCCUUUUGUUAUACACAAAAACUCUUUGUUUCUCUCUUUGCCGCCCAUUUUGUAAAACGUGAGUUGGAGACCUUCUUUGUUCACAAAUUCUCCCGCCCAACCAUGCCCUUCCGCAAUCUUAUUAAGAACUCUGUCUAUUACUGGACCUUUGCGGCCUUUAUUGGCUACGUGCUGUGCCAUCCAUCCUACCAGGAGCCAUCCUCCCGUGUGUUGGUGAAUGCCUCUGCGGCGGCGAUGGUACUUUUUGAAAUGUUGAACUUCGCCGUUCACAAACAAUUAAGUAAUAUGCGCACAGGUGAUGGAGAUACCGCACGUUCGGUGCCGCAGGGUCCACUCUUCUCACUGGUUUCAUGCCCGAACUACACCUUUGAGGUUCUCUCCUGGGCGGCCUUCUCUAUGGGCACCAGCAUGCUCUCCUCCUGGUUCUUCACUGGGGUGGGAUUACUGCAGAUGGGUGAGUGGGCAUUGAAGAAGCACAGUGCCUACAAGAAGACAGAUCCAAAGGUGAAGGGUAAGAAGGCGAUCAUUCCUUUCGUCAUUUAA